CGGAUCCGGAUCUCCCCCCUCCGCUACACUCGCUCCAUAUUCGUUCGGUCAUUCAUUCAUUCAUUGAUUCAUUCUUUUUAUUCUUUCAUCUCCUUCCACGAGCGCACUGUCUCUCUGCUGUCUAGCCUCGGCACAGUCACUGCACCAAGCCGCCAAUCUCAUCUAUGGCGUUCUGCGUGCGAGCAGACAUCGCUCUUCCCUCCCCCAUACUCACUCCCUGGCCGAACCACCCCGCUCUUUCUCAUCCCGCCCGAUCUCUCUCCCUCUCCUCCCGAAACCCCCCUCGCGCCGCUUCUCUGUCCUCCGUCAGAGCGUCUUCCCCGUUCGCUUCCUCUCCCACCGCCACGGCCACCGAUGCGCAGGGCAUAAGCGUUAAAUCCGUUUCCACCAAGCCGAUCGAAGGCCAGAAGACUGGCACCAGUGGCCUCCGGAAGAAGGUGAAAGUGUUCAUGGAAGAUAACUACCUCGCCAACUGGAUCCAGGCGUUGUUUAAUUCGCUGGCGCCUGAGGAUUUCAAGAACGGGGUGCUUGUGUUGGGAGGCGAUGGCCGGUAUUUCAACCAAGAAGCUUCCCAGAUAAUAAUCAAGAUCGCAGCGGGAAAUGGAGUUGGCAAAAUCUUGGUUGGCAAGGAUGGUAUUAUGUCCACACCAGCUGUUUCUGCGGUGAUACGGAAGAGGAAGGCCAAUGGUGGUUUCAUAAUGAGUGCAAGUCAUAAUCCUGGUGGGCCAGAAUAUGAUUGGGGUAUCAAGUUUAACUACAGCAGCGGGCAACCAGCACCUGAAUCCAUUACUGACAAGAUUUAUGGAAACACACUUUCUAUAUCUGAAAUUAAGAUGGCUGAAAUCCCAGAUAUUGAUCUCUCUAGUCUUGGAGUUACAAAGUAUGGGAAUUUCAGUGUUGAAGUAGUUGAUCCAGUUUCUGAUUACUUGGAGCUAAUGGAGAAUGUAUUUGAUUUCUCACUUAUUAGAAGUCUUAUUUCACGGCCAGAUUUCAGGUUUAUAUUUGAUGCCAUGCAUGCAGUUACAGGUGCUUAUGCAAAACCCAUAUUUGUUGACAAGCUGGGAGCCAGUCCAGAUUAUAUUUCAAAUGGAGUGCCUCUUGAAGAUUUUGGGCAUGGUCAUCCAGAUCCCAAUCUCACAUAUGCCAAGGAUCUGGUCAAUAUUAUGUUUGGCGAGAAUGGACCUGAUUUCGGAGCUGCAAGUGACGGUGAUGGUGACAGAAACAUGAUUCUUGGUCGAGGGUUUUUUGUCACUCCUUCAGAUUCUGUUGCAAUGAUUGCAGCCAAUGCUCAGGAAGCCAUUCCAUACUUCCAGAGUGGACCUAAAGGUUUGGCUAGAUCAAUGCCAACAAGUGGUGCUCUAGAUCGUGUUGCUCAGAAGUUGAAUCUUCCCUUUUUUGAGGUUCCAACAGGUUGGAAAUUCUUUGGGAAUCUUAUGGAUGCUGGGAAGCUAUCAAUUUGUGGCGAAGAAAGUUUUGGAACAGGCUCUGAUCACAUUCGUGAGAAGGAUGGCAUAUGGGCAGUGUUGGCUUGGCUUUCAAUAAUUGCAUAUAGAAACAAGGAUAAAAAACCUGGGGAGAAAUUGGUUUCUGUCUCUGAUGUAGUGAAGGAGCAUUGGGCCACUUAUGGAAGAAACUUCUUUUCUAGAUAUGAUUAUGAAGAAUGUGAGUCUGAAGGAGCCAACAAAAUGAUUGAAUAUCUUAGGGAUUUGGUAUCUACAAGCAAGGCCGGGGAUAAGCAUGGAGAUUAUGUCCUUCAACUUGCAGAUGACUUCACAUAUACUGAUCCUGUAGAUGGAAGUGUGGUGUCCAAGCAAGGUGUCCGGUUUGUUUUCAGUGAUGGAUCAAGGAUAAUAUUUCGUCUUUCGGGGACUGGUUCAGCAGGUGCAACUGUUAGAAUUUACAUUGAACAGUUUGAGCCGGAUGUGUCUAAACAUGAAAUGGAUGCCCAAACAGCACUAAAACCAUUAAUAGAUCUCGCGUUAUCUCUAUCAAAGCUGAAGGACUUUACCGGAAGGGAGAAGCCUACAGUCAUUACAUAAGAGCGUAGUCUAUGACAUAAUCUCAUACAAAGAGGCCUCAUUAGUGGUAAUGCGGAAGCAGGUUGGGCAUUCCAUCUUUCACCUGCACGUUUGUCAUAUUUAUGUUUCAUUUAGUGCCGACCGCAGCACAUGCGGUCCCUCAGAGCAAAUAAGUCAACCCAUGUAAAAUAGCUGUAAUGUAUAUGUGGAAAUAAAAUUUGCUCUUCAUAAUAGUUCUGAUUUAUAAAACUUGUAUAUAGAUACUA